AUGGCGACGCAGGUGCCGAAGCUGUCUGCAAAGCGGCAACGCCUUGCCUUGCAGGCAGAGCAGCGCGAGAAUGAAGAGCUCGCCGAGAGCGGCCAGCUGAAUGCGACCAUGUCGUCUGUGUUAGUCCAAUUUCGUUCUGGACAAGACGAUCGCUACCUGGGCUCGACGCUCAGUCUUCCUGCUGGCGCAGGCCAAGCAGAAAUGGGCAACAUUGUAAACCAGCUGCGCGAAGCAUCCAAGGAAAAAAAGGAAGAUGAAGAUGACGACGAGAUACAGUACACUUUCCACGUUCUCUUGCCACCUUCGCCCGAGAAUCCAUCGCAGCCAACGCGGAUCAACAUUACCAAGAAUUUGCACGAGGAUGUGCUGAUAUCGAGUAUUGCAAAGAAACUCGGAGUCAGUGCUGAAGAUAGUUUGACUGUUGUGUUUGAGCCCCAGGCUGUGUUUCGCGUUCGCGCUGUACAUCGAUGUUCGAGCACCAUGUCUGGUCACGCCAGUCCAAUUUUGUGCUGCUCCUUCUCGCCCACAGGCCAGCUGCUAGCAACGGGCGCGGGCGACAGAACGUGCCGUUUGUGGGACAUGGAUGCAGAAAUGCCGUUGCAUACGCUCCAUGGCCACGCGGGCUGGGUGCUCUGCGCAGAAUGGGAAGGACGCGAACGCAGGCUGGCCACUGGCGGUAUGGACGGCCAAGUGUGGGUGUGGGAUGCGCUGAACCCAUCUUUUCCCGGACGUAAAGGCUGGGGCGCGCGCUCUGGGAAACAGGUGGACGAGGAGCGCGAAUUCCAGGGCGAAAGUGGGCGCAUGUCUGUUGCCGAACGUCGCGCUGCACGUCAUGCAUCUCCUCCUGGCCACUUGCUGCGCGGCCACACGAAAUGGAUCACGAGUCUUGCGUGGGAGCCGGUGCACAAAAAUGCACACGCGCCGCGUCUUGCGAGCUCGUCCAAAGACGGGACGGUGCGUGUAUGGAACGUGGAGAAACGCAUGGUCGAUUUCGUGCUUGGCGGGCAUACGGCAAGCGUCAAUGCUGUGCGCUGGGGCGGCGAAGGUGCGCUGUAUACUGCGUCGUCGGACCGCACCGUGAAAGUAUGGAAUGCGGACGAUGGCCGCCUGAUCCGUACGCUCAACGAUCACGCCCAUUGGGUCAAUACACUCGCUAUUUCUACGGACUAUUACCUGCGCACAGGUCCGUACGACCCGCAAGAUGUCUAUGUAAAGGAAAUGCUGGCGCGGCAUAGAGCCCGACCCGAAGACAGCGCAGGAGCCGAGGCAGCGGACCGCGAAGAAGACCGCUUGGCACAGUCCUCAGCACUGCAGCGCUAUUUGGAUGCCACUGGCCAUGAGACAAGGCCAGAGCUUGUGGUGAGUGGCUCUGACGACCAUACCCUCUUCUUGUGGCCACCGCAGAUUGGUGGUGCCGCGCCGAGCCCAAAGAAGCCGCUUAUGCGACUCACGGGCCACCAAAAAACGGUCAAUCAUGUGAGCUUCUCGCCCGACGGGCGGUUUAUUGCGUCGGCCUCGUUUGACAAUAGCGUCAAGCUGUGGGACGGGCGGACGGGCAAAUUUGUUGCAAACUUGCGUGGGCACGUCGCGAGUGUUUACCGCCUUGCAUGGAGCAGCGACAGUCGCAUGCUCGUGAGCGCCUCGAAGGAUUCCACAUUGAAGCUGUGGAAUUUGCGCACGUACAAGAUUAGAAUCGAUCUUCCGGGCCAUGACGACGAAGUGUACUGCGUCGAUUUCGUUGCGGAUAAGGUUGCAAGCGGAGGCCGCGACCGUACGGUGAAGAUUUGGCGUCAUUAG